AGAGCCUUUGGAGGGCAUCGCAGACCUUUGGAGACUUAUGUUGCUGGCCCCCUGGAACCCAGAACAUGGCAGGUGGGGCGCAGGCCAACCCCAAAGGGUUCAGGAAGAAGGUGCUGGUUAGAUGCCCCUCUGGGUGGAGGGGCUCAAACCUCAGUACCUCUUGUCUUUUGAGCACCUCAAGGUCUAGCCUGGGCAUGAAAAAGUUCUUCACUGUUGCCCUCCUGGCCAGCAGCGUCCUAUCCGCAGCCCAGGGCAGCCUGCUCAACUUGAGGGCCAUGGUGGAAACUGUCACUGGGAAGAAGGCCAUCCGGUCCUUCGUGGGCUACGGCUGCUACUGUGGGCUGGGGGGGCGUGGCCAGCCCAAGGAUGGGGUGGACUGGUGCUGCCAUGCUCACGACUGCUGCUAUGACAAGCUCUUAUAUCAGGGCUGUCAUCCCUUUGUGGACCACUACGACCACACCAUCGAGAAUGACACCGAGAUAGUCUGCACCUUUGCUGACCUGCCCCUCACAGGUGAGCUCAACAAGACAGAGUGUGACAAGCAGACAUGCGAGUGUGACAGGAGCGUGGUUCUGUGCAUCAGGGACCAGACCUACAGGGAGAAGUAUCGCAGCUACCUCAACAUCUACUGCCAGGGCCCCACACCCAACUGCAGCAUCUACGACCCGCAUCCCUGCGGACACGGGUCUCCAGCAGCCCCCGUCCCUCCCUAGCCCUGCUGAGGUCUGAGAGAGAAGAGCUGGUGGGGAGGGAGUCUGGCUCGGGGACCAGAUGGGUGGAUCAGGGUGGGGCUUGGGGCCAGGCCAGGGGCCGAGGGCUGCCUGUUGCCUCUUCCCAAGCCCAGGAACACCACCAGGACUCAGGCGCUGCCCUGGCAAUGCCCCUGCAGACACUGUCACUGGGGAGAGAGAGAAGGAGGAGCGGAGGGGCAGGCAGGGGGUCACAUAUGACAAAGAUGGCAGGACAUGCCAGAAGCCACACCAGCAGCUGUGCCUAAAACACCAGCCUUCCGGACUGAGAGGAGGAUACCACCAUGUGUGGGAGGCCCCUUCUCUGCCCACCUCCUGCUGGCCGUGGCUGUCCCCUGUGUGCCGGCCACUGAGAUCUCCCUCUUCAACCCCCUCAGGGGCCCGGCUGACACACUGCCCUCCCUGCCUGCUCGCUGGCCAAGUCCCUGAGCCAAGGCUGUUGCCCAGGCAGGGGUAGAGUGGGGAUGGGCACCAGGAGUCUCCUUCAGAGGUGGUGGCCCCUCACUCCUGGGAACCUGGAUCUCUAGCUCUGCCCCUUGCCUCAUACACCCUGGCUUGCUGAAAAUCUGGGCCAUGUCUGGGGCUGAGAUUGUGCCACCUCACUGUAGAUGCUCCUGGGCACUGUAGCCCCGCAGGGAAUUUCACAGG